AUGGCGGAAAUGGAGCGGGAACUUGCUUUUUUUCAGGCAGCAGCGAAGUCUUCGGGGUCCAAAGAAGCGCCGAGCCCCGUUGUCAGCCGCUCAGCUGAGCCGGCUGAAAGCAGCCGCUGGCCCGGCCGUCUUGUCUUUUGCGAGCCGAACUGGGCGGGUUUCCGAACUCAGGCCUUGGUAGAGCACGCGGACGAGGCCACCAUGUGCACGGAGCUGAAUGCUCAAGCUGCGGCAAUCAGCACGUCCGAUCCGACGCAGAAGAUGUGCUCCUGCAGACGCAGCAAACAGCUCAUGAAGCACCCCGCUUCGCAGAAGACCCACGACCCGCUCCAGGCCGCCGUCGCCGACUUGGACGCUCAGGAGGUUGGGGUUAGUUCUCAGCUGUGA